AUGGCGAUCUGUACUUAUAACGCACGCACGCUUGCAUCGGAAGCGGCCAUCGAAGAUCUGAUGAUGCAAGCCAAGAAGAUCAAGUACGACGUCAUCGGACUGACCGAGACGAGACGAUGUCAUCCUCUCAACGCCGUAUAUGAAACUGGAGAAGAACUGUUCUUAGGAACAUGCGACAGUAGAGGUGUUGGUGGAGUUGGCGUCCUCGUCAACACGAGUAUGGCAAAGAACAUCGACUCUUUUGAACAACUUACGACCCGAAUCGGACGUCUACGGAUGAGAAGAUGUGGUCCAAUACCAGCUUUGACUAUCUUCGUCGCUUACGCUCCAACAUCAAGCUACGAAGAAGAAGAAGUCGAAGCUUUCUAUAUGGACCUGGAGAUGUUCUACCGAGAAGAUCAUGCCUUCUACAAGGUCAUAAUUGGCGAUUUCAACGCCAAAGUUGGCCCAAGAAGAACGCCGGAGGAAUUUCACAUCGGGACCCACGGCCUACAAUGGAAUGAUCAGGGGGAGAGGCUCUCCGAGUUCAUCAUGAUGACUAAGACCAUCCAUGGGAACUCGCAAUUCCAGAAGCCCUCCUCUCUACGCUGGACGUGGGAGUCACCCGGUGGAGGGUACCGUACUGAAAUAGACCACAUCAUCGUCAAUAAAAGGUUCUGCCUGACGGACGUCGCUGUUGUACCAAAGUUCUAUACGGGAUCGGACUUUCGCCUCCUCCGAGGAAGAUUUUCCUUCACAAGGAGAACAGAGAAAGCCGCCAAGUUCAGAGGGAGAAAUCCCAGGACUAUCAUCAACUGUGAUCUCUUCGCUACGUUAGCCGGCUUUUGGGAAGAUUCCGCAAUGGACAACAUCGACGGGGAAUAUGACCGGCUCGUUGAACACCUUCACGACUGCGCGAAGAAGGCUGAGAGUUUUAAAACCACCAAGAGACGCCUGUCUCUUCAAACUCUUGAGCUGAUACGCCAGCGUGGAGCAGCACCAGCCGCAGGGAACCAAGAACGCACGUCCGAGCUCGCAAGGCUUUGCAGAGAGGCGAUAACGGAAGACCUUAAAGAGAGAAGAACAGAAGUGCUGGCUGAAGCUGCAGAGGCGAAGAAAGGCAUCCGCUAUGCCCUUCGAGACUUCGCCAGUCGCAAGACAAGGAUGACUGCUCUCCGGAACCCGAAGGGAAAAACCAUUGCAUCGAGAAGAGGGAUGGAGAAAAUCAUCUACGACUUCUACUCUGAUCUCUUCGGCAGCCAUAGCCUUCCGUCAGCACUCAUCAACACCCUGGCGAGGCUCUUUACACGUUAUCUGUCGGAAUGCAAGGUUCCUAAACAGUGGAAGACCAGCAAGACCGUGUUGCUGUAUAAAAAGGGAGAUCCACAUGACAUCGGCAACUAUCGCCCAAUCUGCUUAUUGUCCGUCAUCUACAAGCUCUUUACAAGAGUGAUCCUUAAUAGGAUUGAAAAAGUCCUGGAUGAAGGACAGCCAUGCGAGCAAGCAGGGUUUCGAAAAGGAUUCAGCACAAUUGACCACAUUCACACUGUUUCGAAACUCAUCGAGGUAUCACGAGAGUACAAGAUGCCGCUCUGUCUCACCUUCAUCGACUUGAAGAAGGCCUUCGAUUCAGUUGAGACGGAAGCGGUCGUGGAAGCCUUGGACAACCGACGCGUCCCUACUCAGUGCAUAAAGGUACUUCGAGAGUUGUACAGUAACUUCACGACCGGAAUUUCGCCAUUCUACAAGAACAUCAUCAUUGACGUGAAGAGGGGGGUUCGACAGGGUGAUACAAUUUCACCCAAAAUAUUCACAGCCACCCUCGAGAAUGCAAUGCGAAAGUUGGAAUGGGGCGACAUGGGAGUGAAGGUUGAUGGUCGGCAGCUACACCAUUUGCGCUUGGCUGAUGACAUCGUACUGAUAACACCUAGCAUCAGCCAAGCGGAACGAAUGCUGACCGAAUUCGACGAAACAUGUGGAUGCAUCGGUCUUCAGUUGAAUCUACAAAAGACGAUGUUCAUGCAAAACGGAUGGGUUUCGGAUGCCCCAUUCACGCUCAACGGAACGAAGAUAUCCGAAUGCACGAACUACGUUUAUUUGGGUCGGGAACUGAACAUGAUGAACGACCUGACCCCCGAGCUGGGCAGGAGGAGACGAGCGGCUUGGGGAGCGUACAAGAGCAUCGAGGAUGUAGUGAAGAAGACCAGGAGCACCCGGCUCCGUGCUCACCUCUUCAACACCACCGUACUUUGA